AUGCUGAAAUCCGAUUUGGAAUCCGGCUUCGAGGAAGAAUUCUACGGCGUAAGCAAUGGAAGCGACAUCGAAUCCAGCGAUACACCAUCCGGUGUUGAAAAUCCUGGCGCGCUCUCUUCGCAUCAAAGAAGUGGAGACUGUGAGGAGUCAAUCACGGGGCUCAGCGAACGGGAACGCAAGCUCCCAACUUGGUUUCGCCUGUACAUAUGGUACAGCGAGGGCGGCAAAGAUGCAGUGUUUAUUGUGCUGUACGUCGAUGAUUUAUUGAUAGUAGGCACGAAUCUGAAGACGAACCAGGCGCUGAAGAAACGACUAUCUCAUGUGUUCGAGAUUACGGACUGCGGUAUGUUGAAGCAUUUCCUAGGGAUUAGGAUCAACUACGAUCGCAACGCCGGGACCAUGCAACUGUCGCAGGCAGUAAACAUCACAGAUCUCCUUGCGAAGUUUGGCAUGGCUGCUUGCAAUCCGUCAACGACACCUAUGGAAUAA